UGAGGAGUGGUACAGGCUCGCUUAAUUAUGUGAGAGGGGUGCCCGCCCCAAUAAGCCUGUUACGACAGUGGGGCAUCCCUGUGAUUUACCAUCUGAUCCUGAAUAUAAAAUUUAAAGUAUUUCUUCUUUGUGUUUUCUUUCGUUUGUUUACUAUGAAUUUCAUUUGAACUUGAAAGCAUUGGUAUGGAUUUUGAUUUGGUUCUCCAAAAGUUUGAUUUGAUUAUUUCUUUUUUGGUUUUGUUUUUGCUUGUUUGCUUAUGUUCUUUUUGUUUUCGUUUUUGCUUGUUUGCUAAUCUUCCUUUUUGGUAGAUGUUUUCUAUUUCCUCUCAAGUUUACAGCUUUCAUUCCAACUUAGUACUGGCAUGGAGGAGUCGAGCAUACAUCAUAGUUAAUCUGGACCAAAAUACAAAGUUUAAACAUAGAUUUAAAAUACAAUUACUAUAUGAUCAAAGAAUUCAUCACUUCCUCGUUGGUCCUUUGCCCUUGCGGUCACUAGAGCGGCUCCUCGCUGUUCCCGGCCAUGGAGAGCGUGUCGCACCAUCUCGGCCGGUACCUGUUCCAUCCGUCCAACUCCGUGUGGGGCAUGAUCACGCGCUACUACCACUCAUACCUCGCCCAUGCGGAGGAGAGGAUCGGCGUGCAGAUCAGGAUGUUCUCUUGGGCGUCCAUCCCUGUCGACGACAUGUACACCCAGAUCAUGGCGUGCUCCCAACAGGAGCACAUACCGCCGGACGUCGACGGCGACGAGGAGAACACGACGAGCGCCGCGGCCGACGGCUCCAACAAAUUGAAGGCCAUCUUGGUCGCGUCGCUGCAGGGCGAGUACUACGAGAGGAUCAAGUCGACGUACUACGAGAACGCGGCGGAGGGCGGCGGCAAGGUGGGGGUGUUCCAGCCGAGCCACCAGGAGCGGCAGACGAUGGGGCAGCGGUCGCACUGCUCAGCUUCUCCGACGUGCUGCUCACCACGGGGGUAUCCACGUUCGGCUACAUGAGCAGCAGCCUCGCGGGGCUGCGUCCCACCAUGCUCAUGAUCGCCAAGGACCACAAGGUGCCCGAGACGCCGUGCGUGCGCGCUGUGUCCAUGGAGCCAUGCUUCCACAUGACGCCUGAUGUCAAGUGCCAGGGGAAGGCGGUGAACAAGGAGGAGCUAUCUCGGCACGUCAAGGAGUGUGAGGAUGUACCCAAAGGGAUGAAAUGGAUUAAAGGUAUCAAGUUAGUUGAUUAGAAUUCGACUGGUCAUUAAUCCGUGUACACUACUAGGAAAAAGCCUAGCAGUAGCGCAGAUUUUUGGUCUAUUAAUAGUGCGGGUACUGGUACCAUGCUACAGCUAAAGGUUAUCAGUAGCGUUUGUUAGCCCGCGCUACUGCUAUAUCUACUUAGUAGUAACG